UUCUUCGGUAAGGUUUUCUGUGGUCCGGUUUUUCUCUUUUAGACCUCUUGCUCACGCAGUCAAACCGGCAUAUUGAGUAAACUCUCGAAUGGCUCCCACCAUAGACGUGGCAUUGAUGAACUGUUGAAUUCAUCUUUUAUCCUCGCUACCCAAUUUAUCUUUACUCGUUUGAUUUUCCCUUUUUGAGUUAACUUUGCCUACACGUUACGGAUUUCAAUCACCGAACAUAAAAAUGGAUCUUGCCUCAGUGCUGAUUGGACUCACCAUCUGUGCCGUCACAGCCGUUGUACUCUACUUCAUUUCAGUGAAGAGUUUCCAGGAGAAGUCGUUUGAAGAAGUGCUGGCCGAGCAACAGCAGUUUGAGGAUAGCUUGCUGAAAGGUGAAAAGUCCAACAAAGAUAAAGAGAAAAAACCCAAGAAGCAUGCUGUCAAAAAGAAUAAAGAAAAGGAGAAAGGAAAGAACCAUGGAAAUGCUCCUUCUGCUGCCCAAUCCGUUCCCUUUGAAGAAAAACUGCAUGUGGAAUUUGAACCUGACGCUGAAGUCAUCCCUGAGGAGCCCAUUGCAGUGAAUGUGGAAAAGAAAAAGAGUGACAAAAAAGAGAAAGUUAAGCCAAUUUUGCGGAAUCGUGAUCAGGUUACAACCGAAACAUUUGAUCCAGAUGUAGAUUCUAUAAAUCAUUUUAUGGAACAUCCACCCAAAGACGACGUGGAACUCAAAGUAAAAGAUAAAGAAAAGACGAACAAAAAAGCCAAAGUUGCCAUUGAAGAAAAGGUUGUUGCAUCCGAAGCGCCGAUUGUCGAAGCCGCCCCUGUUAAAGAAGUGGCAUUUAACGUCGCACGCGGUAAUAACAAUCCGAGCAGUGCCUCGGCUCCAGUCGCCCCGCAGUCGCAACAACAACCCGGAACACCCAAGAAGCAACGCAAGAGGAAUGCCAAAACUGAUUCGCUCGAUACGGCUGAUGGUGGCGAAGAACUUCUUUUGCAGUUGGGAGGAACCGAAAAACUUCUGUCUGCCCUCCGUCAAUUGCCGCUGACAUCCUCUGAAUUGCAAACUAUGAUCGAAGUACUUCUCAACCGACAGCAAGAGGCUUCAGGCACCGUUGAAUCGGAAUGGAUGGAGCGUGGCGGCCGCCUGGAUCCGAUCGGAGCACUUAGGAAGCAGCUAGCCGACAAAGAGAAAGCGUUACAAGAGGAAUUGGAAGAGAAGCAAGCGUAUCAGAACAAGUUGCGUACACUGGGAACCGAAAUGACCACCGAGCGGACACGGGCUGCAGCGGCACGGAAGCAACUCGAAGAAUCUUUGGCUAGGCAAACGGCAGAGAUGCAGAUGUUAUCCGUUCGACUCCAACAAACAACUGAGCAACACGUGGCGGAGGUUAAUGCUCUACGAGUUGCGGUCCAACAAGCCCAGAAGGCGUCUCAAACGUCGGAAGAACACCUCCGUCAGCUGCAGCGUUUGCAGGACGAAAAGAACCAAUUUGACGCUAGAUUCGCCACUGCCCAGCAAAUGCAACAAGAAAUGGGUGCUCGCGUUCAACAGCUGGAGGAUUUCUUGAUGCACAAGGAACAGCAAUUGAUGGAACAAGCCAAUCAAAUGGCAAUCAUUGCCGGCAAGUUGCAAGAAUCGGAACAAGCACGAAAUGGACAAAGUCACGAAGUGCAGCGCGAGGUUGCUCAGUUGCGAGAAGCGCUUCAAGCUGCUGAAGCCCAGUCAUUGCACACGGCUCAUGACGCCCGUGUCCGUCUGGAAGAGAUGGAACGGACAAAGGAGCUAUUGGAAAAUCGCAUUACUAAAGUCGAUCGCGACCUAGCGAUGGAACGAAGCCUGGCCGCCCAAAAUGAAGAACGCAUCCGACAGGAAGUAUCUCGCCUUUGUUUGGAAAAUCAGGCUCUUAAUCUCCAGUUGACCAACGCGACCCAGAAUCGACAGGAAGAUGACUCUAAAUGGGCGGCUGUCCAGGAACAGAUGCAAGUUGAACGUAAUCAAAUGGCUGCGAAAGAGUCUGAAGUACAGAAAGAGCUGGAAAAUUUGCGUAGUGAAAUCAACUCUCUCAAUCAACAAUUGUCAAACACAUCCCAAAGCCGACAGAAUGAUGAUGUCAAAUUGGCAGCUAUUCAGGAGCAGAUGCAAGUUGAACGUAACCAAAUGGCCGCCAAAGAAGCAGAAGCACAGAAAGAUCUGGAACACCUAAAGAGUGAAAUUAAUUCUCUUAAUCUACAGUUAUCCAGCUCAUCCCAAAACCGACAAGAUGAUGAUGUUAAAUUGGCAGCUAUUCAGGAGCAGAUGCAGGUUGAACGUAACCAAAUGGCCACCAAAGAGGCAGAAACGCAGAAAGAAUUGGAACAGUUGAAGAGUGAAAUACAUUCUCUCAAUCAGCAAUUGUCAAAUUCAUCCCAAAACCGACAAGACGAUGAUGUUAAAUUGGCAGCUAUUCAGGAGCAGAUGCAAGUGGAACGUAACCAAUUGGCCGCCAAAGAGUCCGAAGCACAGAAAGAAUUGGAACAGUUGAGGAGUGAAACUCAGUCCCUCACUCAGCAGCUGAAUGAAACAAAACAGAACGAGCAGGAUCGCCAGAAUAAACUUGAUGUAGAGCUGAAGAGUAAGGACGAAGAAUUGGAAACCCAAAAGCGGAAAAACAAUGAACUUCGUGACAAAAAUUACAAAGCCAUGGAUGCCCUUGCUGCUGCUGAAAAGGCUCUUGUUGAAUUGAAAAAAUCCAGCAGCAGUGCGAAGAAUGUCCCCAGUCCAGUUGAAAUUAAUCAGGCCAUUGGUGCCGGCCUGCAACGAGUCUUUCCCGAGUUGUCCUUUGACGCAUCCGCAUCACCAGCCGCGUUUACAGAAUCUCUCUCCAGUCAAAUGACACGAUCGCUUGAACGACUCCAGAGUGAGGAACAGUCGAAAGCUCAGGCUCAAGUACUCCAUUACAAGACGGUCCUCUCACAGACGGAAGAGUUACUCAACCGACUCCAGAGUCGCGUAGAAGCUGAAGAGACGUCUUGGAAAGUGAAGCUGACUCAAAUCGAAUCUGAUUUGCUGACCGUGAAACAAGAGAAAGAGUUUUGGAUGGAUCAAUGCCAGAAGCAGGAAGCCCAUCAACAACAACAAACAUCUGAAGUGGAUGUCCAACCACUCAAUGCCCAAAUUGAAUCUCUUCAAAAAGAAAAAGAUCAUCUAUUACAAGAGAUUGAAAAAGAACGCCAAGCAGCAGCAGAACUGGCAUCUCAGUCUGGAAGUCAUCGAGACCAAUUGCAAGCUGUAGAAUCACAGCUGGCCGAAGAGAGAAAAUCAGUUCAGCAGUUGCGGGACCAGCUGGACCAAGCCAAGGCUCAGUUGUCGGCCACAAAGGUAGGUUCCAUCGGCUUCAUGGUGGGCUGGGCAAAGAGCUCAGCGGCUACAGUGGCCGCAGCCACGGCUAGGAAAAACAGCCUUAACUCAGAGAAUGUUUCUUCAGAGGCCAACCCGCCAUCGCCACAGAAGGAUGAAGCAGCGACCAAAUCUGCAGCAGCGACCACCAAUGGUAACGGAACCAAGGCUGAAUCACCAGUGGAAGAGCCGAUUACAACAGUGAAGAUGGGCAGCAACGGUCAGAAAAGCAAAAAUCGGAAGAAAAAGGCUGCUUCUCAUUUCGAAAGCUGAAACCACGAGCUUAGUGUGAAAUAACGCGUCCCUGGGAAACGGACCCUGGAUGGAGGAGAGCACCAGAUCGAGCUUGAUUAUUCAUUUCUUGGUUUUAUUUUCUUGUCUCCCUCCCUUCUACGUUAAAAAAAAAACCUAUCCCCCAUUCCUCUUGAGUGAAGAAGUCUGUAUUUUCAAAGAGAACAAGUAAUCCUGCUUCCACUAACACUUUUUUCUUGGAUUCGUCGGACUCCUCGUGUUACUUUUUCCCCCCCCCCCUUUUCAGUCGUCAUCCACCAACAUAUUUUCGAAAUCGCCCGUUUCUCAACAGGUGGUUUUGUAAACAGUAAAUGAAUUCCUUCGGGUCAGAACUCUUCAUCUAAAUCGUUAGUCAAUGAAAACAAAUUGAAAAACUAACACCCUCUUCUCCACCGUUUAGAGCGAUGACAUUUAUUCGCCCCCUUUAUUUCCCUGUGUACUGUGGGGCCUAAUGAGAUGAUUGUCUCUUUCUGUUGAGUUAAUUGAACAAAACAAGAAUACCAAUCCCAGAGUCAAAUACUGUUUGUGUCUGGCUGUAAUUUCCAAUGACCGGUUUUCGUUGAUCCCGUUUCACACACCCCCUCUGUACUCGCCAGCCUAGCUCUCUUUUCUUCUUUAUUCUCUUGUUUUGGGUUUUGAUAUUUCGUUGAUGUUUAAGAAGUUUUUUUCCACCACCCUCUGCUCCCUGGCCUCCCCCUAUUAUAUCGCAUCCUCCUAUGAUGCCCAAAGCCAUGUAUACAACAACUCUGUUACAUCGGACUGAAAUACAUCAGCAUUCCUAACCUCUAAA